AUGACUUCCGCACCCACACUACAGCCCAAGUUCCUGCCGAACAAGCAUGACCUAGGCAUCGUCGCAGUCGGCUUCAGCGGCGGCCAGCCCAAAGCCGGCGUCGACGCCGCCCCCAUGGCACUCAUCGAAAACGGCCUCAUCAAGCAACUAGAACAAGACCUCGACUUCAACGUCACCUACGACAACCAAGUCCACAACUACUCCUCGCUGCGCCCCGCCUCCGACCCCGAAGUCCGCAAAAUGAAACAACCCAGAUUCGUGUCGGCCGUAACAAAGCAAGUCAGCGACCAAGUCUACGCCCACGCCAAAACCGGUAAACUCGUGCUAACCCUCGGCGGCGACCACUCCAUCGCCAUCGGCACCGUUUCCGGGACUGCGAAGGCGGUGAGGGAGAGGCUGGGCAAGGAGAUUGCGGUGAUUUGGGUGGAUGCGCAUGCGGAUAUUAAUACGCCUGAGUCGAGCGAAAGCGGGAAUAUUCAUGGUAUGCCGGUUGCCUUUUUGGCGGAUCUUGUGGACAAGAAGGAGGAGUUGACGGAGGAUGUUUUUGGGUGGUUGAAGGAGGAGCAUCGGAUUAGUCCGAAGAAGUUGGUGUAUAUCGGGUUGAGGGAUAUUGAUAAGGGGGAGAAGGCGAUUUUGAAGAAGCACAACAUUAAGGCGUAUAGUAUGCAUGAGAUUGACAGGCAUGGUAUCGGCAAAGUCAUGGACAUGGCAUUGGGUUGGAUCGGAAGCGACACGCCCAUCCAUCUCUCCUUCGACGUCGACGCUUUGGAUCCCCAGUGGGCGCCUAGUACGGGUACGCCUGUCCGUGGUGGUUUAACGCUGCGCGAGGGUGACUUCAUCGCUGAGUGCGUUGCUGAGACUGGUCAGCUUAUUGCGCUGGAUCUUGUGGAGGUUAACCCCAGCCUUGAUGCUGAGGGGGCUGGUGAUACGGUUCGCGCUGGUGUGUCGAUUGUGAGGUGUGCGCUUGGCGAUACGCUUUUGUGA